AUGGGAGCACGAUUGUUGCAAUAUUUCUGUGCUGAAACAAACAUCUGUUCGUCAAAUGCAACAUUGUGGAGUGAUUCUCAAGUUGUCUUAGGGUGGAUACGCAGUGACCCCAACAAAUGGAAAACUUUUGUUAGCAACAGAGUAACAGAAAUUAUUUCCUAUACCAAUCCUUCACAAUGGAGACAUUGCCCUGGCAAAGACAAUCCAGCUGACAAACUUUCUCGAGGUGUUUCACCAUCAACACUAAAAAACCUGGAAAUUUGGUGGAACGGCCCUCCAUGGUUAGUCAAAUCUCUAGAAUAUUGGCCUCAUUCUGAUACUAUUUCUAAAGAUUACAGUCAUAACUUCGAGGCAAAGAAAGAAAAAGUUCAGACCCUUCACAUCGUAUCUACUCAACCAAUCAUAAAGGCUGGAAACUACAGUUCUUACGUUCGAUUGUUACGUGUAACAUCUUGGAUUCUUCGCUUUAUUCACAACUGUAGGAAACAAGAAAAGUUAGUGGGUGAGUUACAUGCCACAGAACUGAAUCAAGCUCGUAUUUAUUGGAUACAGACCGUUCAGAAAGAAUCCUUUCCUUCAGAAUAUGAAGCUCUGUUGACAGGAAAAUCACUCCCUAAGAAAUCAAGGAUAAAACAAUUUAACCCUUUUUUCAAGAACAAUAUUAUACUUCGUGGUGGUCGACUACAAUUUUCUGAUUUAUCUCAUGCUGAAAAACAUCCCAUAUUAUUGGACAGCAUUUUCAUAGCAAAAAUAAAAAAUUAA